AUGGCAAAUACUAUUAAACUCACAACCACUCUUCUUCUUCUUCUUCCUCUCCUAGCAUUCUUCCAAACCUCCCAUGGUGAAUCACCUGGCAUAGCCAUCUACUGGGGCCAAGACGGUCGUGAAGGAACCCUAACGCAGGCUUGUACUAGCGGCCUCUAUGCUUAUGUCAACAUAGCCUUCAUUUACGAGUACGGCGGUUACCAACCCCCUUCCGUCAACCUUGCUGGUCACUGCAGCCCAUCGAUCGACAAUUGCAAGUUCAUUGGCCCAGAGAUCACCAAAUGCCAAAGCCUAGGGAUCAAAGUCUUCAUUUCCAUUGGCGGAGCGAAUGGUGAGCGCCAGUCCCUCACGGACCCUGGUGAUGCCAAUUAUCUCGCUGAUUAUAUUUACAAUAAAUUUUUGGGUGGAUCCGCUCCAAACCGUCUAUUCGGAGAUGCUGUAUUAGACGGGGUUGAUUUCGACAUAGAGUCCAGAAGUUUAUAUCUUGACGACCUUGCUAAGUAUUUGCAUAAAUACAGUACACAGGAACGAAAGGUGUAUCUAUCGGCGGCUCCACAGUGUAACUUCCCAGGUGCGAAAGUUACAGCUGCACUUGCUACAGGCCUGUUCGACUAUGUAUGGAUUCAGUUUUAUAACAAUCCGCUAUGUGAGUAUAAUGGGAAUAGUCAAAACCUUAUUGGAUCAUGGAGAACAUGGAGCGCGUUAAUAGAUGCCCGAUAUUUCUUCGUGGGAUUACCAGGUUCUCCGCAAGCUGCAAAAAGUGGGUAUGCUACCCCUCACCAGAUUUGCAAAGAAAUUCUUCCUGAAAUAAGGAAAUCAAAAAAGUAUGGCGGCGUAAUGAUUUGGUCAAGGUAUUGGGACAAAAUCAGUCCAGAGAUUAUUAACUGCGUGAAGGGAUCAAGUCUGAUCAAAUCUGUCGCUGAGGAUUAA